AUGUACUGCCAAAAAUGUCGCACCUCAUUGAAGCUAGACGGCUCUCUCGAGUCGCUUAAUCCAGCCGCUUUCGACUUGCUUAUCGGCUCUACAGGUAAAACGGUACCGGACCACACGAAUAAGACGGCCUCCCGGCUGUCCUACCCCCAAGAGAGACGAGAGCUUUACGAUCGGGCUUCCAAGAAUGUGUCGUCGCCGGUAUAUCGAAGGUCGAUCCAGGCACCCCGCCAGGGAGGCGGCGGCCUCACAAUACCUUCUAGGCUAGGACGAGGGGAUAGUGGCAAUAUGUCCUUUGUUAUGCUUACAGAAUCUCAACUUGGCCCACCGCAUUCUGUGCCAGGGGCGAAUGGCGACAGCCUGUCGUUGCGAGGUAAACGCGCAUCAAAUGCACAUACCGAUGAGCAGGCUGUGGAGAAUGGAUCAUUCGCGGACCAAGUUGAACAGACCAGUCAACUAUUCGAGAUCAUCUCCUCGCGUUCUGAUAUUGAUCAUCCGAUCUGCACUGAGUGUACCGAGAUGCUAGUAGAAGGGCUACAGCAGCGGCUGGUAGAUGCCACCAAGGAGCGCGAUGCGUACAUAACUUUCUUACGGAACCUUAAUUCAGCAGUACCAACAACAGACGAGAUUGAGGCCGCGGAGAGCUCUUUGAAAGAAACGUUGAAGGCGGAGGAGGCCGCGUUUGCGGAGCUUGUAACCCUCGAGCAAGAAAAAGCGGCGUUGGAUGAAGAGAUUGCACAGCUGGAGGAACAGUCACGCCAGUUAGACAUGGAAGAGGAAAUAUUUUGGCGCGAUCGGAAUGGAUUCUCGUUGGUUCUCUCUGAUUUCCAGAAUGAGCGCGAUGCGUUGAAUAUGAGAUACGACCAUGAUUCGCGGCAGCUGGAAAGAUUGCAGAGAACUAAUGUCUACAAUGAUGCAUUCUGUAUUGGGCACGAUGGGUACUUUGGAACCAUCAAUGGCUUACGUCUAGGUCGACUGGCAAAUCCUUCAGUGGAAUGGCCCGAGAUUAAUGCCGCUUGGGGCCAGACAGCAUUGCUCUUAGCUACCAUUGCGGAGAAACUCGGCUUUCAGUUUCGGGGGUAUCGACUGCGGCCCAUGGGAUCUAUGUCUAAAAUUGAUAAAAUCGAGUAUCCACGACCAUCGCCGGCUCAAUCAACGGUUGCCGGUGAAAAUACCAACCUGUCAGGAGCGCCAAAGGUCACGAGUCUUGAGCUAUUUUCUUCCGGCGACCUACCACUCCAUAUUCCUUGGCUUCACCGCCGGUUUGACGCCGGCAUGGUAGCCUUUCUGGAUUGUCUACGUCAACUUGGGGAGUUUGUGGAGAAGACGCCAGCACCAGCCCCGUCUAACCGCCGAGGUCCCGCCAGCGCUGCUGUGUCUGGGCUGAAACUUCCGUAUGAUAUCAAACGAGAUAAAAUCGGUGAUGCUAGCAUUAAGUUGGGCUUUAACCAGAGCGACGAGACCUGGACUCGCGCAUGCAAAUACACCUUGACAUGUUGCAAAUUUCUGCUGGCGCAUGCGAGCAACAUUGCAAGUGCAGGCUCGAGUAACUCGGCCGCCGUCGCAGCUGCCGCCGUUGCAGCAGGAGAACAAGCGAGACUUGCCACAGCCAGUCCUACCAGGAAAUAG